GUUGAUGUCAGUGUGUAACUGGAUUCCUCUAGUCUGGAACAACUGGGAACAAAGAUGGCUGAGUGUGGACUGGAAAACUGCUUUUCCCCACUCUUACAAAAGCUGGACUGAAGCCACUCAAAAUAAUUUUAGACUGAAACAUGCAAGUAUAAACUAUUCUUAUUUUUCAAAGCGUCUGUUCUUUCAGACAAAAAAACCAAACCUUUCGGCGUUUUUGUUGUUGUAUGAAGUUUUUCAGUCGAAUUUUCUUACGUAUUUCUGUUGCAUAACAUCGUAUUAGUGAAUUUAGAGUUUUUAAAAAGCUGAAACAAUAACUAUUCAACAACUUUGACUUGAUGGAAUUCGAGAUUUCAGUUCGUGGCAUCACAUUGCGCGUUUCAUAACCAACUUCGCAAUCAUCCAGCGUUAAAGAGCGACUGAAAUGAAGACGUUUGUUUAUAUUCAGUUACUGUAAAUGACAAAAUGAGCUCCAGUCGCGUCCGUCCUCAAGUACCGCAGACCCAGGCGGCAUCUGCAGCAGCUGCCCCCGCAACAUCUCCGCGUUAUGAUGAAGGGAUCGAGAUGGAAAAAAUGCAUCAUGAAGAAGUGGGCCUCGGAGUGCCCGAUGAGACCCCUUCUCCACCUACCUCCAGCUCCAGACAGGCAUGGAGCCGGGAUAACCCAGGCUUCGAACCGGAGGAGGGGAUGAUGGAAGCGGACUGGCCUCCGGCGAGCCCGGGGCGGAGGUCUGUGUCCACGGCGUCCAGCAGCAGCAGCAGCGGACCCGGGAGCUUCUCUGGCAUCAGUGCGCGGAUCAACAGAGGAUUGUAUCCAACUCCACCAGCACAAGAACACCGCAGCUGUGGGAAGAGGAUACUGGAGAAAAUGAGAGUGCUGUGGGAUACUCGUCUUUUGGGUGAGAGCAACAGUAACAGAGAGAUGUACCUGAAAACCGUACUACGAGAAAUGAUCACCUACAUCCUCUUUCUGGUCACCCUCUGCAUAUUAACCUACGGAAUGGUGAGCACCAACAUGUACUACUACACCAAAGUCAUGUCCCAACUUUUCGUGGACACACCGCUGACAAGUGGAGAACCAACAACCUUCAAGUCUCUUUCUACCAUGGAGGACUUCUGGAAAUUCACAGAAGGCCCCUUUCUUAAUGGCAUGUACUGGGAGUUUUGGUACAACAACAAGAGCCUCCCAGAAAACCAGAGUCUGAUCUACUACGAGAACCUCCUGUUGGGCGUCCCACGUCUCCGGCAACUCAAAGUGCACAAUGAGUCCUGUUCUGUCCACGAGGACCUGCGGGAUGAGGUUUACGACUGCUACAACGUCUAUUCUCCUGCCAAUGAGGACAAGGCACCAUUCGGACCGAAGAAUGGCACAGCGUGGAGGUACUCAGAGGAGAGCAGUCUGGGUGAGAGCAGCUACUGGGGUCAGGUGUCGACUUAUGGUGGUGGAGGUUACUACCAGGACCUUUCACGCACUCGAGAGAAGACGGCCAAUCAGCUGCAAGAGUUAAAAAACAACCUCUGGUUGGACCGUGGCACUAGAGCAGUGUUCCUGGACUUCUCCAUCUACAAUGGCAACGUUAACCUGUUUUGUAUUGUCAGAUUACUAGUAGAGUUUCCAGCCACAGGGGGCGCUGUGACCUCCUGGCAGUUCCAGACGGUACGACUUAUCCGGUACGUGUCCAGCUGGGACUACUUUGUGGCCAUGUGUGAAGUGGCCUUCUGCCUCUUUGUGCUGUAUUACCUGGUGGAAGAAGUUCUAGAGAUCCGCCUGCAUCGUUUGCGUUACUUCAAGAGCCUGUGGAACUGCUUGGAUGUUCUCAUUGUUACACUCAGUGUUCCAGCCAUCAUUAUGAACAUCUGCAGAACAUCAGCGGUCAGUCACAGACUUCACUUCCUGCUGGAGAACCACAGCACAUACCCCAACUUUGAGCCGCUCGCUCGUCUUCAGGUUCACUUCAACAACCUGGCUGCUGUCAUUGUCUUCCUCUCAUGGGUGAAGCUUUUCAAGUUUAUUAAUUUUAACAAGACCAUGAAUCAGCUGUCCACCACCAUGUCACGCUGCGCCAAGGACCUGAUGGGCUUCGCUAUCAUGUUUUUCAUCGUGUUCCUGGCCUACGCGCAGCUGGCAUAUUUAGUUUUUGGAACUCAAGUCAACGACUUCAGCACCUUUCAGGCCUGCAUUUUCACGCAGUUCCGGAUCAUUCUGGGUGAUUUUGACUUCUCGGAAAUUGAGGAGGCUGACAGUGUGUUGGGCCCCAUUUACUUCACCACCUUUGUGUUCUUCAUCUUCAUGAUUUUGCUGAAUAUGUUCUUGGCCAUCAUCAAUGACACUUACUCGGAGGUGAAAGCUGACAUGGCCCAGCAGAGGUCAGAGAUGGAGAUUACAGACCUUAUCAAGAAGGGCUAUAACAGGGCGAUGGUAAAACUCAAGCUGAAGAAGACCUCCAUCAAUGACAUCCCAGACAGCUUACACCAGGCUGGUGGCAAACUCAGCUUUGAUGAGCUCCGGCAAGACCUCAGAGGAAAGGGCCAUUCAGAUGCUGAGAUUGAAGCCAUUUUUGCCAAGUAUGACCUUGACGGAGAUCAGGAACUGACCGAACACGAGCACCAGCAGAUGAGAGAUGACCUGGAGAAAGAGAGAGAGGACUUGGAUCUGGAGCACAGUUCACUGCCCAGGCCAGUGAGUGGGCGGAGCUUCUCUCGUAGCCAGGACGACUCCGAGGAGGACGACGACGAGGACAGUGGACACAGCUCCCGUCGCCGUGGCAGCAGCUCAGGAGGCGUGUCAUACGAGGAGUUCCAAGUGCUUGUGCGUCGGGUGGACCGCAUGGAGCACUCGAUCGGCAGCAUUGUGUCAAAGAUUGACGCCGUUAUCGUGAAGUUAGAGGCCAUGGAGAGAGCCAAGAUGAAGAGGAGAGAUGUGCUUGGACGGAUCCUGGAUGGAGUCAUUGAGGACGAAAGAAUGGGCCGAGAUCCAGAGCUGCACCGAGAGCACAUGGACCGGCUGGUGAGAGAAGAGCUGGAGCGCUGGGAGUCUGAUGACACAAUGUCACAGGUGAGCCACCGUCAGGGCACUCCCAUCAUCCCAUCUGCUCAGCUCCGCCCACGCAGUUCCCGCUCACCCUCCUCGCUGUCCAAUGAAGGCCCGGAUGGUGCGGCCAGUGCUGCCGCCCACGUUUGAAGGGUUUUGGUUGUAAAAACAUUCCUCCAUUUCAUGAAUUUCAUUGUGCCACAAUUUAUUCUCCAGUGCCACGUCUGGUGCAGUGCACUGGGCAAAAUCUACUUAAAAAGUUUUAAAGCCACAUACGUUAAAUAGUCUUUAUAUUAAAGUAAAUUUGGGGCUUUACAGUGCUUUAUAAUGCAAAAAUUGAAGAUAAAUUUGAAGUUCUAAAACACAGUUUCACUAUUACUUAUUGAAAAGAAAUUUUUGUGGAUAAUCUAAUAAAGCAAAUUAGAUUUUAAGGUCAGUCAGUGGCAGCUUAGCUUUAGUUUACUCAUAUUAACAUUUAUUAAUCAGGUUUUUGAAAUUUGAGGUGCAUUUUGCUUUCCCGUAUUUUCUAACAGGCAAUCCUAGCUAUAAUUAUACUAUUUGCAAUUAUUUCAUCAGUAAAUAUUCAUCCCAAAAAGUUUCUUAAACCAUUUUCAGAACAUUAGAAACAACAUACAAAAAAGUAGCAAGUAUCAAAUGAUAAAACAUUCAUAAUACAAUAGAUACACUAUUCAAAAUUAAGACAAAUAGUUGUAUUGGGUCAUGUUAAACUUAAGGGGAACUUGAUACAGUCUCUAAAAACACUUAUAAGUCAUUAUAGAAAUGGCUCAGAAAAGUAUAUUGUAUGUCAACAUUUUUUGUACUGUAUCCUACUAUGGUUGAAUGCACCGCUUGCAAAGAAAUGCAGUAUAUACUUCGUUAUGCAUUAAGCUUUCACUAACCUACAGUAUUUAAGUCCAGUUUCAACUGUAAUGAAGAAGCCAGUUGGAAAGCUUUCAAUGAUGAAUGUAAUAAUGAAGGAAAUAAUGACCAAUAUCAUUCUGUAUAUAAUCAAACAGCUAUUCUUAAACACAAAAAUGUACCAUAUAAAGCAUCUCUGAUAUGAAAAGUAAACAUUCACAUUUUCCAAACAAUAAAGGUGGUCACACAUUGCUUUAUAUAUCAACUUUGGUGCAAUUUCCACUCAAGUUUAUGAUUUGCUUUGCAUAUUUUCUAGUUUGUCUUGAGUUAAUACAAGUGUGGCAUGUUCUGUUAAUCAUUUUUAAUAAUUAUGAUACUUAAAUAAUUUUGAUACUUUUUGUAAUUUGAAACAAACUUCAAUUUGGAGUGCAUCUUAUUUCAUGGGAAACCCAUGUGUAUUUGUCUUAAGGUAGGAUUUACAAAGCUUUUCAUGGUUCCCUAAAGGUAAAGUAAAUAGUUUCUGCACAACUAGCUGUUUUCAAACAGGUUAUGUAAAAAUACAGCCAAAUUUGUUAUGUUGGGCCGCUCAAACAAUUCACCGUUUGGUGCCGCUAGAGAAGCAGUAAUUACACACUUCUCCUUUAAGCCUAAGAAAAAUGUCAAAAAGCUUAAAACAAAUAUAUUUUCUUUCUUUUUUUUUUUUUUUUUUUUUUUACAUUUUUCAAUUUGUGCAAUGACCUCUGUAACUCUUUAUGGUACUGUUUAUACAUUAUUUACAGUUUAAUACGACAGUCGUUAGAAAUAAAAUCCAUUGAAACUCA